CAAUUUACAACAACAUAAAAAAAGACAAUUUUAGUAGCCAUUUAGAAUUAAAACUAAUGACAACUAAAUUGUAAAAAAAGCUAAAAAAAUAAGAAAUUAAAAAAAUUCAAAAACUUGAAUGAAAAUUUUUUAAAAAUUCUUAAUAAAAAACAUGUGUGAAAGACGCAGUCCCUACUUAACGGUAAAUCAGGAAGAUUUCAUAAGUUCCGUGGCUCGUAAACAUCAUAUAACGCGUAAAAAUCGUAAAUUAUCAGCGCCGGGUCAAAGGUCAGCUAGUCCGGCUGAAUCAUGUGAUGAUUCUUUGCUAAGAAUGGUUACAGUUUCCUCAUCAGAGGAUUUAACAUCUUCUAAAGCUUCCUCUCUGCAAUCUCUCAACCGCACCAGUUCCUCAGAAUCGCUGCGUAAACACCACAAAUCCAUAGAUAACCUUUGCUUUGCACGCAAAAAGUUACAUCGUCGUGCCUAUGUUCAUGAAAUCUAUAGACCACGUUCUUAUACUGAUCCCACUUAUGUGGUUGGCAAGGGCGAACAGGAGGAGGAAAAACCUCCUCAAAGACCCUUAACUAUACCUAUUUUGCGUAUACCCGAAGAUGACGCACCACUGGGUCAAGCAAGUGAUGAUAAUGAUGAGGAUAUGUCAUCAUCAUCAGUACCCAAUGAAGAACGUAAACGUAGUGUUAGUGUUUUGAGUUCAUUACUUAAACAAACGCUGAAAGUAACUACCUCAACGAUGGGUCUAAAGGCGGCCAGUAUGGAGAGGUAA